AUGGGGAGAUCUCCAUGUUGUGAGAAAGUGGGGUUGAAGAGGGGACGAUGGACAGCAGAAGAAGAUGAAGCAUUGACCAAGUACAUCCAACUCAAUGGAGAAGGAUCCUGGAAGUCUUUACCCAAUAAUGCAGGUUUGUUGAGGUGUGGGAAGAGCUGCAGGCUGAGAUGGAUAAACUAUUUGAGGCCAGACUUGAAGAGAGGGAACUUCACUGCUCAAGAGGAAGAAACCAUUGUUAAGUUGCACAGCACUUUGGGGAAUAGGUGGUCAUUGAUAGCAGCAGAGCUGCCAGGACGAACAGACAAUGAGAUAAAAAAUUACUGGAAGACUCAUUUGAGGAGAAAAAUUUACAGCUUCACCAAGAAAGUACAUAAUGGAUCUCCAACAGUGGAGGCUGUCAGAAUUGGUGAGUUAGCACAGAAACGCAGAGGUCGAACCAGCCGGGCAAACAUGAAAAGGCAAAAGCUAGCAUUGAUGUCACUAGGGAAGGCUAACAAGAAUAACACACCAGAGGAAACCAACAUCAUUGGACAAAUGGAAGGCACCGAUAUUGUGAGAGAUUUGCAGCCCACGGACCUUGGAGCACGUGGUUGUUGUAUGAACAGCGGUGCCAGGACCGUAGAUGGUAGAAUUAAUGGCGAGAGUAGAAUUAAUGGCGAGAGUGAAAGACCAGCAAUAUGUUCUGGUGACGAGAGCUGCAACAGCAUCGCAGCUCAAGUAAUGUUCGACUGUGAAACUGAUGUUUUUGGACCAUAUGAGUGGCUGGAUAGUGAAAUACAGCGGCUUAGCGUCGUUUUGAAGAGUGAAUGUGCGGAAGUGAGUCCGAGUGGGGAUGGUUGCUUUGACCCCAAGGAAGAAAAUGGCGGUAUCAUGGUCACGACUGAGGAGAUGGACAAAGAAAUCCCAGCGGUCCAAGAAACGAAGUCCAAAAGUCAUCAUGACGAGGAAAUUAGAGGGAGCUGCAGCAUUAAUUGGAACUCGGAUUGUGGGAGGAGUUGUGGAGAGUCGCAGGUGCGUCGUUCAUCGCCAUCGGACCCAUGGUUUGAUGAGGGGUGGCUCGGUUGGGAUCUUGACCAAGCUGACGCACUUGGGUUUUGCAGCCAUGAUCCAUGGGAUGAUCUUAAAUACUUCCAAAGUGUUCAUCAAAACCAUCAAUGGGAAUCAUGGGAUGAUCUUAUAUACUUCCAAAGUGUUGAUGAAAAUGACCACCGAUCUAUGUAA